AGUACGCAAAACAGUAUAAAAUACUUCCCAAACAGCUUCGAACAAUGAAUUAUGAAAAAAUCUGGGGAAAUCGCAGCAACACCAAGAGAAUUACGAAAACGCCGCCAGAUUUCGACAACUUCGUCAGCAGACACCCAGGAGACUACUCUCAUUAAGGAUUCCGAAAGAGAUGUAAUGGGGAAUAGAAAGAUCAAAAUGUCUAAACCACAUCAACAGAAGUUCUGCGAACAGACAAAAUGUCUUUUCGUUUUGCUUGUAGCAGUGGUAGCAGCUAUCGUGGUAAUAUGUGUACUAACGUUUACAGACAAAAGUUUUCGAGCGAAAAAGAAACCGCCCCGUGAAUUAGAAUGGUGGAAGAAAAGCAUUAUUUAUCAAGUUUACCCUCGGUCAUUCCAGGAUUCUAAUGGUGAUGGUACCGGAGAUUUAAAAGGUGUAACAAGUCGCCUCGAUUAUCUGAAAGAUUUGGGUGUCGGUGCCAUUUGGUUGAGUCCUUUCUACAAAUCGCCAAUGAGAGACUUCGGGUAUGAUGUUGAGAAUUACACCCAAGUCGACCCUUUGUUUGGAACUAUGGAUGACUUUGAUGAGCUGAUGGGAGAGGCCAAGAAAAGAAACUUGAGAGUGCUGGUAGACUUUGUUCCGAACCAUACAAGUAACGAGAGUGUUUGGUUUAACAUGAGCCGCCACAGUGUCGGAAAAUACAGGAAUUAUUAUGUAUGGGAUGACGGCAUAAACUGUCCCACGUGUUCCGAAACCAACUUCAAAAAACCUCCGAAUGACUGGACUAGCGCCUUUCGAGGUUCAGCUUGGACCUACGAUAAAAACCGAAAACAGUUUUAUUACCAUGCCUACUUGGACGCACAACCGGACCUCGAUGUUCGGAACCCGGAUGUUGUAAAAGAAUUGACGAAUGUUCUGCGAUUUUGGCUGAAGAAAGGAGUAGAUGGAUUUAGAGGUGACGCCAUUCGAAAAUUGUUCGAGUCUCAAAAUUUGACCAAAAACGAAAAUGGCAUAAAAAAUUUGACCAGAAACCUUCCUGAUAUUUAUCCUUUGAUGAAAGAAUGGAAGAAAGAGUUGGAUAAGUUUGGCAGAAGUAAAGGACAAGAGAAAAUUUUAAUAGCAGAAUCAUACGGAAUUACGAAUGAGAUGCGAGAUUCGUACUACAAAGUGGACACAAUACCAUUCAACUUUGCAUUUGUUCAGAAACUUAACCGAUCUUGUGAGGCUCGCUGUAUUCAGGAUAUUGUAAAGUCUUCUUUGGAGGGUCUUAAAGACGAUUGGUGGCCUAAUUUUGUGUUAGGAAGUCACGAUGUAUCUAGAAUAGCCGACAGAAUGGGAACAGAAUUAGUGGAUGUAUUUAAUAUGCUCCUGUUAACACUACCCGGUACACCAACAACAUAUUACGGCGAAGAACUAGGGAUGAGGAAUACAUUCUAUACAUUCAACGAGAGUCGAGACCCAGCUGGACUGAAUUACAAGGAGGACUAUUUAAAGCAUACAAGAGACCCAGAACGGUCGCCAAUGCAAUGGAAUUCCUCCACAAACGCUGGAUUCUCUAAUGGGACCCCAUGGUUACACGUGAAUCCCAAUUACCCGGUUUUAAACGUAGAGAAACAACUUUCUGUAAAUGCUUCCAGUUUGAACAUCUAUAAGAGUCUUGCUAAACUGAGACAGCAACCAUCAUUUACCAAUAAGAAAAUUUCUUUUUCGACUGUUAACGACAACAUCAUUUCAUACAUUAGAACUGAUCAUGAUCAACCAAAAUACUUGGUUGUUAUGAAUUUUGGGUCACGUGAUUCCACAGUGGACUGCAGCGCCCCUCCAGUGGAUGCUUCGGAAGGAAGCUUUGUCCUUUCCAUUGACAAUUCUCUGACAGGAACGUCAACACACAAAGAUGGAGAUAUCAUAAACCUAAAGAAAAUCACGCUGAAGAGAGGACAAGGAAUUAUUGUUAAGAUUUGAAAAUUGUUUUGUUUCCAUGGUAUAUUUGUGCAGACGUAUAAUAUGGCAAAUCUGCUUUCCUCUCUUUGUUCACGAUAACAUUUAUCUUCUCUUGUCAGCUUUAAAUUUUUACUUAUGGAUAAACAGGUACUUCAUAGAAAUGUUUUAGUAAUGUCUCAAAAGUUAAUCUGAUAGUUUAAAUUUCUGAAAUAACCAUAAAAUUCUAAAGGAAUCCAAGUAAAGUUGACAAUUGUGAAAAGGG